AUGUUCCCCAUAGGAAGGAAGGGCAAUAGCCAGGACAAGGGGCGCAAGAGACCCCUGCUACGGAGCCACCUGUUGCCCAUAGGAACUUCGCGUGAUCUCCCCGAUGCUGCCAACACGGCCUCCACCGGCAUGGCCACGGCCACGGCGCCGUCUGCGGUCGCUUCCGACCUCUCAAGCUCCAUGUUUGUGCGCAAGGCCGUGCCGCUACGCUACGGAACCGCCCCCAACACGGGCGUUUCUAGCGUACACAGAUCCAACACGGUGCCCGCCCAUGCCGUCUCCAGCAGAGCGCCAUCGGUGCACCCAGACAAGGAGCGCUCCAAGAGCGCAGAGAUGGCAGCCGCAGUAGCUGGAAUCAGACCUACCCCGCCGCCCGGGCGUCGGCUGCUUCCCGUACCUGCCCACACUCCUGCCCCCGUCCGUUCCCAUUCUCGCGUCCAGCCGCAGACACCCCGAAUCGACUUUCUGCCACAAAAGAACCCGCUGCGAAGAGCAGCAACUGAUACCUGGGAUACCCGCACGUCGACACAACUGUCGACAAUGCGCUCGUCGUCGUUCGGGUCGGUGCAAAGGACUGAAGACGACGAAGACAACGACAACGACAACAGCAACGACAACGACGACGACGGCGAAGACAGCGACACGACGCCCCAGCCCACGCCCAUCGCCAACAAGUACCUCAACACUGCUGUUCCUCUGGGCGACGUGGCAACUGCAGUGGCCCCCAAUAAGAAUGCAAACUCCAACCCGGGGUUCGACAUCAAAUUCAGCUCUCCCACGUUCGACCCCAAGAACAGCAGCACCGAAAAGGACGUGGAAAAGGGCGAGGGUGGAGAAGACGAUGCAGAUGGCAACGAAAGCACUGACGACAAGAACGAGGUGGAAAUGGCCUCUCGCACUGCCAACAUCCACUCCGCACAGCCCACCUUUAGCUCCAACCCCGAGUACUUGUGGGAGCUCGAAGACUUUCAGAAACGACGAGACGAGCGCAACAACAACGCCAGACACCUGAUACGAAAGACAGAGGACGAGAAGCGACAUGCCGAACGACGCAACAAACUCCUACUAGUUAUUUGUUGCGUGCUUGCAGCGGUGCUGAUUGGCAUCACUGUAGGUAUGACUUCGACCAUCCAUCGGCUUGAAAGAUCAAAUCAAAAACAAGGACUGGUCAACCAGAACAAACAGCACAACGAUACCCAAAGAACCGACGGCGGCAUGUUACCCAUUGGAAUCGAUACCCUGACAGAUGCAGCCAAGCUCGCAAGCAUUCUGUCGGAUACCUCUUUGCACAACGUUCUCUACGGCAUUGGCUACUCGCCCCAGAACGUCAUGACAUCCCAAUGUGGAGUCAACCAGACGGAAGUGACCUUGGAUGUUGCUGCAUUGUCUCGUGUUACAAAGCGGAUCCGACUUUACGGCACCAGCUGUGACCAAGCCCUGUACGUUUUACGGGCGAUUGAUUCCCUCAAGGUAGAUAUGAAAGUGACUCUCGGAGUGUGGAUCAACGGCAACCCUGUAGUUUGCGCUGCGCAGAUUGCUGAAGCAAUCACUGCUGCUGAGCAGUUCCCCCAUUUGAUUGAAUCCAUCAUGGUGGGUAAUGAGGUGUUUUUCCGCGGCGAGCUCGCGCCAGCCAAACUUGUGGGCUACAUGCAUGAAGUGCGGACGGAGCUACAGCUUCGCAACCUCACAAUCCCCGUGGGCACCUCCGAGCUGGGCUCUCAAUGGUCUCCGUACAUGGCCUCGAAUGUGGAUAUUCUAGGAGCCAACAUCCAUCCAUUCUUUGGAGGCCUUGAAGUGUCUGAGGCGACCACCUGGACACUCAAUUUCCUCGAGUCAUUUGUCGUCAACGAGAUUACAGAAGCCGAAAAAAUACCCCAAAUUGUGAUAUCCGAGAUUGGAUGGCCCAGUGGAGGUGGUCAACACGGCGCUGCAAAGUCGGGUGUAGCGCAACAGCAGCGACUCCUACAAGACUGGGUGUGCACGGCCAAGGACUUGCCGCAGAUUGGAUGGUACUGGUUCGAGGCGUUUGACGAGCCGUGGAAGCGUGUGUUUGACACCCCGACUGAAAAGUGGGAGUCUCAGUGGGGUAUUUUGACCCCUGACCGGCGUCUAAAAAAGGGGUUGUCGCUGAAAAUCAGCUGUAAUUAG